AAAUGAUAAAAGUAUAAAAAUCACUAUAUGAUAUCGGGUUACCUCCUCCAAUUCUCACCGAAAUCCGUCGUCAAAGUUGGUUUCCGGCAGAGAUCAUAUAUCUCCUAGGGUUUCCAGCUGAAUCGAGCAUACUCCCUCAAUCUCCAAUUCCACAUCACAAACCCUAGAAAAUCUUUUCAGAUGAAUCCAAAAUCGCUCCAAAUCCUGGUGCAGUCACCGGACCUCGGAAUUUCCCUUCAACCCACAACCAAACACGAAACCCUUUCCGAUCUCAAACACUCUCUCUUUCCUCAAUCACACCGAUCCUUCUACUUCACCUUCAAUGGCAAGCCCCUCCCCGACAAAACCCCUCUCUCGCAAUUCCCCCCUCUCUCCACCCUCUCCCUCCGCUCCCGCCUCCCUGGUGGUGGCGGAGACGGCGGUGCCACAGGCGCCGAGUCCCGUGACUGCUACCUCAACAUGUACGCCGACAAGAAGCCCGACAAGGUGGACCCCAACGAACAGCGCCUCUCCAAGUGGCACAACUGCGCCCUCUCCAACGAACCCUUGAGAGAGCCCUGCGUGAUCGAUAAAUUGGGGAAUAUCUUCAACAAGGAAUCUCUGGUGGAAGCGUUGUUAGGGAAGAAGCUUCCCAAGGAAUUUGGGCACAUCAAGGGUUUGAAAGAUAUGAUUAAUGUUCAGCUUUCUGCGAUUCCUGGAGCGGAGGAUGGGGCAAAGUUUCAGUGCCCCAUUGCAGGGCUUGAAUUUAACGGAAAGUAUAGGUUUUUCGCGCUGAGGAAUUGUGGGCAUGUUUUGAGUGCCAAGGCUCUGAGGGAGGUUAAGUCCUCUUCGUGUUUGGUUUGUCACAAGGAGUAUGCUGACUUGGAUAAGAUUGUGCUCAAUGGAAGUGAUGAGGAGGUUGUAAUUUUGCGGGAGAGGAUGGAGGAGGAGAAGCCUAAGAUUAGGGAGAAGAAGAGUAAGAAGGUUAAGCAUAAUAAUGGUGAUGGUGUGAGCUUGGAAGGGACUAGGUUGAGUGGUACUAAGCAUGGUGUUGAUGUUAAGGGUGUGGAGAAGGCUUCGGCUAAGGUGGAACGAAAUGGGAAGGUUGGUAAUGUUGCUUUGAAUGGUAAUGGUGGUGGUGGUGGUGCUGCUGCUGCCAAGCGUUUCAAGGCUGUUGAUUUGGCCCCGGCGAAUGCUACUAAGGAUGUGUAUGCUUCCAUUUUCACUUCCUCGAGGAAGUCUGACUUCAAAGAAACAUAUAGUUGUAGGUCUCUUCCUCUUGGAAGAAACUGAUUCAGGCGUCUCUACUGUUUUAUUGUUGUCCAAUGUACUGAAUUUUAGUUUGUGCCUUUGUGGUUAUAUAAGUGAUUGACUUUUCCUGUGAUGGAUUUACUGGUUUCAUCAUCAGAUUAUUAUCAUUAAUCAUGCUUUGGAAGGAGUUUUGUUAAUAACAUAUAUUUAUUUGGCAAUAGGUA